UACUGUUGAAAGUCCACUCUGCAGUCGGAGUCUGCUGCUUCUUUCUCUUCUCUGCAAUGGUAAUUCUUCCGGUGAAAUGUUGAGCGGAAGAAUAUGAGAGUUGUUCUUACGGGGAAGAGGAUCUUGAAUCGGGUCCCGUGUUGGGACGGGUUCAAACUCUGCCGAAACCGACCCUUUUGCUCAUCCACCCACAACAGCAAACCCGCCACCAGUGACAGCGGGGGCAGCAGCAACAAUGGGUCUUCUUCUAAUCCUUCAUUGAGUACUUACAGUGAGCAGUACAAAGCUCUGGACAAUCUUGAUUUCAUGACGGCCACGAAGAUUCUCUUCUCUGAAUCUCCCAAGAAGAAGAAAUUUGGGUUGGAUUUCCACCUGGUACAGCUAUUCUUUGCUUGCCUGCCAUCAUUGGCUGUGUAUCUCGUAGCUCAGUAUGCACGCAGUGAAAUGAGAAAAAUGGAUGCGGAAUUGGAGCGAAAGAAACAAGCUGAGUUUGAAGCACAAGCAAAAGAGCUGGAGCUGAAGGCUGCUGAAGAAAAAGCAGCAGCAGCAGCAUCUAAUCCAGAGCUUUUGGAGGUGAAAGGGAGACUAGAUAAGCUUGAAGUGACAGUUAAGGAAAUUGUUGUGGCCAAGAAGCAGGCGGACGAGGCUGUAAGAACAGGACAAGACGACAUUAUUGAGCAAAAACAAGCUGCUCAAGUUGAACCAGACAACAGUCAACAUGACUCAGUAGGCAAGAAUUCAAAGGAAAGAGGAACAGUCUCAAAUGAAGGAGAGACUGGUAGGCUUGGACCAGUUCCUCAUGCCUCACAGAGUAACCAAAAGGAGAAUACAAAAAGAGGGACAUUCGGGGAAGCAAAGAAAUGAGACUUGACCUAAUUUUACUCUGCAGAGUUUAUUUGUUGAACUUGCAAGCAUUUGGUGGCAAAGCUUUACCUUGACUCAAGUCGGCUGUUAAGAGUCUCACUAAGAUGCUAAUAUAUGAAUUAUAUUUCCUAGACAGAUUUAUGUUGUACAAUAUCAGGAAAAUGACUCGGUGGCUUAUAUAGCUGAGAAACUGAAGUAGCUAGUUUUUGACUGCUGCUUAGCUAGCUUCUUUAUUUGAUGGAAUCUGGACUCUCAGGAAUGGCCAA